AUGAUUUAAAAUCCACUUUACAGGUCCUCUGUUUGGGUGAGUAUUUUUCAUGUAUUUCUUUGUGUUUAAUUCCUCCUUCCAGACAGCGGAGGCAAGCUCAUAAAAGUUGAUAUUGCUAAUUUAAUAGUAGUAGUAGUGCUUCCACUGCGCAGCGAGCUGCAGCAGCCACUACCUCAGCACUUUUGCUGGGACGGAGGCCAACACAAACCCGCUCACCCGCCCUUCAUGAAACACAAACAGAUCGAUGCACUGCACAGAAGAUAAACCCCCCCCCCCCCUUUACUUUCAUCCGCACUCUCAUCUUUCAUCUAUUACCGGAAUGCUAUCCCUUGUUUCCUCGCUUGUCACAAACAAAGGCCUUGACCGCCACCAUCCAACAUGUCUGUCAUCAUAAACAUGUCUCACAAAGGUCACAGGUGUGGGUGUGCGUUGGGGGUGGGGGGUUCAGCUGGUCAAACUGUGUACAAUGGUAAUGAUGUUGAUCCUUCCCCCCUCUAGACUGUGAUGUCAAUGGUCAGAGCAAAAGCUUCCUCCAAAGUCUCGAUACUGCAAGAACUUAAUCGCCAUGAGCAUGGAACCGCAAAGAAGCUGAAUAUAUGGAGGAUGAAGGAUGAACUGCUGCUUAUAGAGGCCAGCCCAAAGGAAGGGUGAAACGGAAGCCAAGACAGUGAGGUGACCACAGACGAGGCGCUAGGUGUUCAAAGUCGGGACCCAGGAUAGACCACUGCUCUGUGCAUCAGUUGGUGACAUCUCUGCGCUGCUGACUUGUCUACAUGUAAGAUGAUCCCCUGCUGGUCUCCCAAUGGACUGGACUUUCACAUUAAGUCCUGACCACUUGGCAUCCAUUGCACCGGUCACCCAGGGGGUCCCCAUAUCUGCGGUCCCUUCCAAGUAUGGCGAGUCCGCCGGGCGACGCCGGACCCCCGCUACUAUCCACCGGCGUGAAGAAGUGUGGCUACCUGAAGAAACACAAACAUGGACACAAGCGCUUCUUCGUGCUGAGGGAGCCCGGUGACGGCUGCCCUGCACGGCUGGAGUACUACGAGAGCGAGAAGAAAUGGAGGAACAAGUCUGCCGCCAAAAGGGUGAUCCCGCUGGACUGCUGCUUGAACGUCAACAAGCGAGCGGACGCCAAACACAAAUAUCUCAUCGCGCUUUACACCAAGGACGAGUACUUCGCGGUGGCGGCGGAGAGCGACGCCGAGCAGGAGGACUGGUACCGGGUGUUGACGGAUCUAAUCUCGGAGGGGAGAGUGUGCGACGGCUCGGCGUGCAGCUCCGCGUCCUCGCUGGUGGGCUUCGACGAAACGAGCUACGGCGUCAUUACGCCGGUGAGCGCCGCCUAUAAGGAGGUCUGGCAAGUCAACAUGAAGUCCAAGGGCUUGGGGCAAAGCAGGAAUUUAACUGGCGUGUACAGACUCUGCCUUUCCAGUCGGACUAUCAGUUUUGUCAAGCUCAACACAGAAGUGGCCUCGGUCGUUUUGCAGCUGAUGAACAUCCGGAGGUGCGGCCAUUCGGAUAGCUUCUUCUUCAUAGAGGUGGGUCGCUCGGCAGCCACUGGACCUGGCGAGCUCUGGAUGCAAGCCGAUGACUCCGUGGUGGCGCAGAACAUCCACGAGACCAUCCUGGAAGCCAUGAAAGCCAUGAAGGAGCUGUCAGAGUUCCGCCCCCGCAGCAAAAGCCAGUCUUCAGGCACCAAUCCCAUCUCCGUGCCCACCAGGAGGAACUUGCACAACCUCCCCCCGAGUCAGACCGGCCUCCUCAGGAGGUCACGCACUGACAGCAUGGCUACGACGUCGCCUGUUGGUAAAUUCUCCUCCUGUCGAAUACGCACGGCCAGCGAGGGCGAUGGCACCAUGACACGCCCCAUGUCGAUGAUGGGGAGCCCCCUCAGCCCGGGGGUCCACCGCACCCUCCUGAGCAGGUCUCACACCAUCACCGCACGCCCUUGUCGGACAUUUGAAUCCUCUUCCCUCCAGCACAGUAAGUCCAUGUCCAUGCCUCUGUCUCAUUCCCCGCCCACGGCCGCCCCUAGUCUAGUAAGCCUGUCCUCAUGUCCAGAUAGUUGCGCUCCUCGUCCCUCAAGUUGCAGUGCUUCCUUCUCGGGCUCCCCCAGUGAUGCAGGGUUUAUAUCGUGUGAGGAGUAUGGCUCCAGCCCCAUUGAUGCACGGGACCUUCGGCUGCCUCUCACAUUUGGUAGCAACACCCCUGAGUCUCUAAAAGCGGACACUCCUCCUUCGCGGGGCAGCAGUGGGCUUGAAGGAUACAUGGUAAUGGAGCAAAAUAGUGGCUAUCUGUGGUUACCAGAGCGGGACAAGUCUUACCGAAAACGCACGUACUCCCUUACCACCCCCCGCCAGCAAAGGUGUCUCCCCCAAGUGUCUUCAGCCUCCCUUGAUGAGUACACACUAAUGAGGGCCACAUAUACAAGUGGAAGCCAGUCUUCUCGCAGAUGUUCCCCUAAAGGAAGCUUCCCUGACGAGUACAGGGAUGUCCAGAUGAGUGACAGCAGUGGUUACAUGCCCAUGAUGCCUGGCGCUGCGCCUCACACGUCAGGAGCUAAGACUGACCCUUACAUGCCCAUGAGCCCCAUGUGUGUGUCUGCUCCUAAACAGAUCAUCAACCCCCGGACGCACUCUUCCUUGGCAGGGCUGGCCCCACAUGCGAACUCCCCGGGCAGUGUUUCCCUGGAGGAUAGCGGCUACAUGCGCAUGUGGUGUGGCAUCAAAAUGUCAGUGGAGAGCGCUGAUGGAAAGCUGGCAAAUGGCGAAUACCUGAACAUGUCUCCUGUGGACCCUCUGUUGUCACUCCCAACCAGAGACAACACCCUCAGUAAUUCUGGAGGAGAACCCCACCCCAAGCACCAGCACAGACAGCCUUACACUUACAGCACCCUCCCGCAUUCACUUAAAGGCCAAUUGCUACGUAACUGUUCCGUUGACACUGACCAGUAUGUAGUGAUGUGUUUACAGAGACAGAGGAUAGAGGAGGAGUCCAGCUACUGUCCUGUCUCUCCAGGAGACUCUGUGGCGUCACCGGGCGGAACCCCUUCAUCUGCUCCCCCUCCCCUUAGAUUGGCUCGGAGUGACGGAGGCCUGGCGCACAGGGGUAGGGCGUGUCGGCCCACCCGCUUGGCUCUGGAUUCCCUCAGAACCUUACCAUGUAUGAGUGAACACCCGCUCCCCUCUGAGCCACGCAGCCCCGGGGAGUAUAUCAACAUCGACUUCAGCAGUCCUUCCAGUGACGUGGUGGCAUCCACUGAGGGCGCCAACAGGGGAUCACCAUCGCUCUCGGACUAUGUUAACGUGGAGCUUGCCUCGCCAAAAACUGUGGACUCCCCAGUUGUGCAUGACAUGCAGGAAGAGGAAGGAAAAAGGGCAGAGGUGAGGGGGGUGGUGGAUGAAUAUCCCCUCCAGCAUCACAAGAUUCAAGUCAAGGACGACUACACUGAGAUGACUUUCGGUCCUCUGUGCAGCACGGAUCCCGCCCCCCUCCCUUCCAGCCCCACCGCCUGCGUUCAAAGACUGAGCCUUGACAGCAGCCUUGUGAUUGACAGGGUAACACCCGCGCCUGUGGACUCGUUUCUCCUCCCUUCAAUGUCUGUCACCCUUGCAGACCCUCACAGGGGUGCAAAAGUAAUCCGGGCUGACCCUCAGGGACGCCGGCGACACAGCUCAGAGACCUUCUCCUCCACCACCACUGUCACACCUGUGUGCCCAUCCUUUGCCCACGACACCAAGCGCCACAGCUCAGCCUCAGUGGAGAACGUGUCUCGUGGCGUGAGGAGCGCCGAGGAACAAGACGAGGAGUACGUGAGCAGCAGCAUGUGCAGGGAGACGUCUGCGGGCUAUCAGAACGGACUCAACUACAUUGCCUUAAACUUGAUGGAGGGUACCCUCGGAGGGUGCAGGUUAGGGGGCUGCGACGGACUCCUGAGAUUCAAGCCGGCCUGCGGCUGCAAGGGCAGCAUGAACGGCUUCAACUCCAGCCCUUAUGCCAGCAUGGGCUUUAAGGAGACUACUGCCGCAGCCGUGAAAGAAUGAAGGGCACUGACCC